UUUUUCAUUAAACUCAAUCUGAAAAGUCGUCUAAUAUCAAAUCUACAGCUUAUUAUAAAGACCAAACCACAUUCUUUUUGAAUACUUAUGAAGAACCAUUUACACAGUUGUGAACUCUUGUAUUUAUUUUUAUAACACAGUAAAACUGGUUUAAGCCGUUCAAACUGUGAUAACAAACAAAUUCAAUUAAGUUUUAGAUAAAAAAUAAAAUUAUAACUAUGUUAAACACGUCUUUGUACCGAAGCGAAAACUUGAAGUUUGAUGUAAUCAAAAAACCGCUUCCAUAUUUGGAAAAUGUCGGCGAUCCACGAGAGCCGAGUUUCAUUUCGGUUUUACACCCGAGACCCAGAGUACCUAUACUUAAAAUUCAGUCGGCAUCUUUUCACGAGCACUCCGAGAAAAGAAAUCCUUUCGGAAAACCGAUUUACACCGUCGAAUACAGCGACCAAGAUCUGAAACGAAUUCGACGAGUUGAGUUGAGCAAUGAAUAUAUCAGAAAUUACGAAGCCCGGUUAGCCGAACAAGGCCUUCCGAACACGCCAUCGCCCAAUCGCUUACGCCAGAUGUCGGCUAAGAGUCACAAGUCGCUUAGGUUGAAGAGUUCAAGUACCUUUAGAGGGAGGAAUUUCGUGUCUCCUAAGCCCCCCAGAACCCAACCCUCUAUUCCACAAUAUGAAACGCGGCCCGAUCUCAAUAUGAGCAACCCAGUUCCUGAGCCGGAAAAUCCAAAAACCAGCCGCACUCUUCGCCCACAGAACAGUUUCGCUGACGCCGCAGUCGACCCGCAGCCACCCACCGUUGAUUACGUCAUAGCCGACGAUCGCGGAAUCCAGACCGCAAACGCCGACAUCAAAAUGGUCAGCCCUGUCGGACGUUCCGACUUCGCAGGUCCCGUCUCGGAGCGUCUGUCGACAACAGCGCUGCAUAAGAGAAGAAAUGGUAAUAUUUACGAGAGGUUGCAACACAAAAGUGGGAAAGUGCCUGAAGAUUUCACAGUCGGGAAUUUUGCCACGAAUAAGAAGUUAAUUAAGAGGGAUUAUAAACAAGAAAGACAGUCUGAGAAUGACACUCUUGAUGAUUGGAUAGCAAUUGACCAGCUCAAAUCCACAUCCAACGAGUCUAGGCUAGAAAGACGAAUCAGUAGGAAGAAGAGUGCUAUACAGGAGACGAAGAGCAAGUUCAGCAAAGUCACGACCCCCGAAGAGUAUCCGAAACUCACCAGAGCUUCAGUCAUGUUGAGUGCCAGUGUUCAUUUGAUGGACCAGUAUUUAAAACAGCUGAAAACUGAAAAAUAAUUCAUAUAAGCUUUGAAUAUUUUUUUGGAUUAUAAAUUCUCAACAUGUUGAGCUGCAGUUUUAUAUAUUAUUAUUUUUAGCAUUAAAUUGGAACAUGAUCCGGCUUUUUCUAAAAUAAUGAAGAAGAGCGAUUGUUUUUACUUUAUGGAAGAAAGAAAACUUAAAGCCAGCCG